CUGGUAAUGGUAGUUGAGAGCCCCAACAAGAUCCACAAGGCUGUCAGAUUGUUCCACGAUCUAAUUGAACGGGGCGAUGUGAUCGAGUGCGAGAAACUCCACAAAAAGCACAAUCUAGACGUUAAUGUACCAUUGGGAAAGGAGAAAUUUACGGCUUUACACAAAGCCUGCUAUUACGGGCAUUUGGAGUGUGUCCAUUGGUUGGUGUGGCAUACAGCUGAUAUGAAUGUGCGCUCUAUACAAGGCUGGACUCCUGCCCACAUUGCUGCACUCCGGGGCAAGGAGCAAUGUGUCGAGGCUCUGAUGUGCCACAAGGUAGACCUGACAACACAAGACGAAAGUGGACAGUGUCCCAUUCAUUUGGCAGCAGCACACGGCAACACGUUCACUCUACAAACAAUCUGUAGAAAAGGAGGAGACCUUCAUCUCAGAGAUAUCAAUGGGUGGAGGGCAGUUCACCAUGCUUCUCACAAUGGAAAACUAGGAUGCGUACAGACAAUAGUAAAAUGGGGAGGAGAUCUGGACACAGUAACCCUGGUGACUGGAGACACGCCCCUCCACCUUGCUGCGGCACGUGGACACCUCUCUGUUGUUAAAUACAUUAUCUCCAGUAUAGAGGAUUGGGUCGAGAUACUAGCUGCUAUCAAUAAUGAUGCUGAAACUCCGUUAGAGAAAUCUGUACUGAACAUGCAACAUGAUGUUGUGGACUAUCUGUCAAACUUACAAAUAAAUGAACUGAAUGAAGUUGAUGAGGGGUUUCCACUACACACUGCGGGGGCGCAAGGGGACAUUCCCGCUCUAAAACGAAUGAUAGGAAGCGGUUUGUAUUCUGUUAACGCACGAGAUGAUCAUCAAUCAACUCCAGCUCACAAGGCUGCUGGACAUGGACAAGUAGAAACUCUAAGUUGGCUUAUAGACAACGAGGCUGAUAUUGAGUUGGUAAACGCAUCUGGAGAGAAUGUGAAGGAUGUAGCUAAGAGGUUUGGUAAAGUUCAGUGUGUGGAGAUGUUAGGAGGUUACACCGAGGACGAGGAGGAUGAUACUUCUCCGGAAGAGUUAUUAGUGAGGGCUCUCAACAAAGUGGAUGUUCUGGAAGAGGAGCUGAAAGAAGCAAAGAUAGCAGUUCAUCAUAUGGGUGGUACUAUACCAGCUGACACUCUGCCGGAACGAAAUGCCGUUCUGUCUGAGGCACAGGAAUUACGAGAAAUGUUAGAAUAUGAGCGUAUCAAGCGAGAGAAGAUGGAAGCAACAAUAGUAGAGCUCAGGAACCAGCUGGGUGAAUUAUAUCACAAAGAAAACACGCCUGCAGUUGCUAAGUCUACUCCAGAAGACAGCAAAGAUAACGACUCUGACAGCAGUACCUACAGUACCUCAUCUUCUACUAUCUCUAAAAAGAAAAACAGUAAGCCGAAAAAGAAACGAAAUAUUAAAACUCCAAUAACUAGAGGUGUUUUUAUUAGUACUGCAAAAAGUAGCAGCGUUGAUUCACGAUGUCAAUCCUUCGCAGCUCGGUGAGGCACAGUGGUGCAUCUCGCCGAUCUACCGAAGGAUUGAUGCAUAACAACAAGACACGCGCUAAAGACGCGCAUUUUCUGAGUGAUGUUAACGAUAGCUUUAAAUUCACUGAUGUCAUUAUUAUUCAGCGUGACCGGUAAUAGUUUAAAAAUCAGAAGGAGAAAACACAUGUUUAAAUUACUAAAAAAGGAGUAUCACUUUACAGGAUUGAAUUUAAAUAUAGUCAUAAUAGAUAAGAGAGGAAUUUGUUUCAAUCAAAC